ACAGUGUAGAGAGACAGGAGUGGAGGGCAGGGGGGUGGGGGUAUAACAGUAACAUUGAGAGGGACUGGGCUCUGGCUCAGUAACAGGAGCGGGUCCGGGAGAGGGAUCACGAUGUCUAAGAAGAAGGGACUGAGCUUUGAGGAGAAGCGAGCUCGUAUGACAGAGAUAUUUUUUGAAUCUAAAGAUGUCUUUCAGCUUAAAGACUUGGAGAAGAUUGCCCCAAAGGAGAAAGGAAUUACUUCCAUGUCUGUGAAAGAAGUUCUGCAGAGCCUGGUAGAUGAUGGGAUGGUAGACAGUGAACGAAUUGGGACUUCAAAUUAUUUCUGGGCAUUUCCAAGUAAAGCGCUGCAUACCAGGAAACGUAAACUGGAGCAAUUGGAGACUCAGUUUGCUGAAGUAAGACAACGAGAAAAAAAUGUACAACAAAGUACUGAGAAAGCCAGAGUGGGACGCCAAGAUACAGAAAAUCGUGCAGCUGUGUUAAAAGAAUAUGCAGCACUUCAAAAGCAGAGGAAUCAUUUGAAAGCAGAGCUGGAGAAAUACCAGGAAUGUGACCCACAAGUAAUUGAAGAAAUGCGGCAGUUCAACAAAAUUGCAAAAGAUGCAGCAAACAGAUGGACUGAUAACGUGUUUGCUGUAAAGUCCUGGGCAAAGAAAAAAUUUGGAUUCGAACAGAAUCGCAUUGAUAAGACUUUUGGAAUUCCAGAUGAUUUUGACUACAUUGAGUGAUGAUCUUAAACUGUCCAGACCCAUCUUACUGAUAGUUCUGAGUUUGUAUCAAACUGUUACGCUUGUUAAGAACUUUUAAUUUUAGAGACCUUGGCUUUGACAUGGUCUUGCAGAGCUCACUCCUGCUUGAGACAAGAUCUUCCACUGCUACUACUUGUAUAUGUGUUCACAGAAGAGAAUUACCUUGUGAGGAUAGUAAAAACAAAUUGACCUGAUCUACAUAUGACAAUGCUCUUUGGACUUGUUGAGUGGAAAUACUGAUUUGAAACUAGCUGAGUACUGAGAAAGAGAGUCCUAAGAUUCCUUCUAUUUGUUAGUGCCAAGUUUCCGUAGUUUAUUGUUCUUUCCUGUUGUAUAACAUACCUUUGUCUUGGAGCUUUGGACCAAGAUAUGUGGAGUUAUUGGUGUUUAAAAACUCUGAGUCGGAAAGUUUUGGGUCUUGGAAUCACACAGUCUAAGCCGACACUCCAAUGUGUUGCUGGGAGUGUUGCAUUGUUUGCAUUGGGUGUGUCCCAUCGGAUGAAACGUUA